AUGUCAUUCUCAUCAGAUCAGUUCAUUGGAAAGUUAUCUUCUCUGGAGGAUACACAAGAGUCAAUUGCAAGUGCUGCCAAAUGGUUAAUGUCACAGUAUAGAGAAUCGGCUCAAGUGGCCGAGUGUUGGAAGAAUUAUAUGUUAAAAUCUAGUACAAAUACAAGAAGGAAACUACUGGGCUUAUACCUGGCAAAUCAUGUUGUUCAACAAGCUAAGAGCCAACAGAUUGGACAAUUCCAAGACUCUUUUGGGUCCGUAAUGAGCUCUGUUAUCGGAGGUAUCUAUAGUGAACUUCCAGGUGAUUUGAAAAAGAAAGUAAAGAGAGUAUGUGAUAUUUGGAGAGAAAGACAUAUUUUUGCUCCAGAAGUUCUAACCAACAUUCAAAAAAAAUUAGAUGAUAAUGCUACGUCACUGCCUGAAACUAUACCACCAAUAUUUAAAGACUUGAUGAAAGAUUAUAUUAAAUUAGACAAAAAUAAGCGUCAUAUAGGUGUAUCAAAAAAUAGAUUUGACAAUGCCAUCCAAGAAUUGAAUCCUACUAGUGCCGUAUACUUAGAGAAUUAUAAUACUGUUUCCAAAAUUGGAAACAUGGUAACUGAUAGCAUCUUAACUACUAUACAUUUGAGAGAGGAUAUGAUACAUAAGCUCCAAAAUAUAGUGGAGCAACAGAAAAAAUUUCUAGAAGAAGAUAGAACGAUAUUAACUGAGGUCGAAUUUUCACUACUUUCUAAAAAUCCAGAGAAAAUCAAUCAGGCCAGUGCAGAUGACGAUCUUUUACCAACCUAUGAAAAAGAAGAAGAUGAUGACGAUGACGACGAUAUCGAUUCGAGUUGUGACGAUAGUGACUCCAUAGGCAGUAAUAGCAAAUUAAAAUCUUUAAAAAGGAGAAGCAUGGAUAGUAUGUCUCCAGGAUUAGAAGAGGAAGAGUCAAAGAAACGAAGGUCAGAUAUAUCUGACCAGGAUAAAAAUAACGAAGACGCUACUAAAACAGAAGAAACAGAGGGGACAAUUACUGACAAUGUUGGCCAUCAAAACACUUAUCAAGUUGAAGAAAAUGCUGGAAUUACGUCUAAUAUUCAAGACCUUUUAAGUAAAUUAGCCAAUUAA